GGAGAAGGCCCUUCUGGCCCUUCUAUGCUGAAAGUUUUCUAGGGACUGCCCGCCUCAAUUCCCAGACCAUCAAAUAGAAGGCCGCGCCGCUUUAGGGUUCGCAAGGGUAGGUGUACUCGAGACUGCUUGUGCUAGCUGGCCAAUGUAGAAUAUAUACGAAAUACCGACCCACCUACCCCUUCAACACUAAUACUACAUAUCCGCAUCCGGUUUCACAUGACUAGAAUAUAUAAGAUUAGCUGAUGGUUGGCAAGUCAGUAUCCCAGAGUUCGUUGCAGUUGCCAUCGUCUACAUCUCUUCUGAAUUUUGGUCAUCAUGAAGAUUCUCCUUAAUAAAAAUGUGUUACCUCUGGUUGCUCUGUUGCCAUUUGCCUUAGGAGAUUGUAUUAGCUCUGGUGAUCAGAACAAUAUCAACAACGCCUUGGCUGCUGGAGGAUCUAACACCAUAGUCCAGCUCUGUGCGAGUGCCUUUAUUCAGGUCACUGGCCAGAUCACCUUCACUGCGGCGAACCAGGAAAUCUCCACCGCGGGUUAUCCGACGGGAAGUACCAGAGCCACGCUCCAGAUUGCACCUGGCAGCACGGUAAGCACAAUAAUCGCCGGCGGAAACCAUAACGGCGUCCGCAUCCUCAACAUCCAAAUCGACGGCAACCGGGCAAACACAGGCUUUGAUCACACCGGGAGCGCUAACAUCGAGCUUGGUGGCAGCGGCUCCGGUCAGGUGGUUUCGCAUGUAGCAUCAAGGAACCCGCGCGGGUGGAGCUGUCUACAUGUCAUUGGCUCUGGAAACGCCGCGGCGCCUUGCACCAACGCCACGAUAGUCAACAACGACAUUGGCCCUUGUGGCCAGUCAGGGACCGACUCAGCCGGCAAUGGCUUGUGGGCGGAUGGCAUAUCGCUUGACUGCACCAAAUCGCUUGUGCAGGAUAACACGAUCACAGGUAGCACGGACGGUGGAAUUGUCAUCUUCGGCUCUCCUGGCAGCACCAUCACUGGCAACACCAUCAUCUCCUCCGCUACGUACCUAGGCUUUGGCGCCAUCAAUAUGGUUGACGGCCAGUAUUCCGGUAGCUACGCGGGUGUUACCGUGUCGAAUAACAAGAUUGUAGGCCAGAAGAUGUUCAACUUGGGCAUCGGAAUCGGGUCUAAUGUCUGGUCAUUCAACAACCGCUAUAUGCUCCAGGGUCCCGUGUCGAUCACGGGGAACACCAUUAGUGGCAGCGUCAGCUUCCCAAUCGCUAUAAAUGGCUGGACUAAUGGCAUUACGGUAUCAGGUAACACUGUUUCAGGAGUAACCUCACCAAAGUCAAGUUUUGCCGAUGCCUCGCACUGCUCCCAAGCUAUUCAGACUCUUUUCAACGAGAACGCCGACUUGAUCUACUACCCACCAGGAGUGACGGGUACUCAAUCCCUCCAGAGUGGCUUCGUGGCUGCCUCCUCGAACGUGACCAACUUCUUGUGCUCAACGUUGCCCCUGCCGAAUUCCGUCAGCUACACUAAAAACUCCCUUAAUAUUGUGUCCGACUCGGCCCCCUUCGCGAACUUGCACGGCGUUGUCAUGCAGUAUCAAGGCGACAAUAACGUUGUCGUUUACACCACUAUCAACGGACAGACGGUGGUGUGGGCCAGUGGACAUACUCUGAGCAGCGGCUGCGGCAGCCCAAGCCUUUGCCAUAUGAGCUUCCAGGGAGAUGGAAAUUUAGUGACGUACUAUAACAAUGUACCGAAGUGGAGCUCGGGAACUUCAGGGACAGGUAACACCAUGGUGUGUCUAAACAAAGCGCCAUGGAUUCAGAUCUUGGAUACGUCGGGUAAUGUUAUUUGGGACACAACUAAGUCAAUCUAAGACUGCAGUGUACACACUCCUGCCAUUGUAAGGAAACCGACACUGUAGUUUCGCACGUAGAAUAGCU